AUGCCUAAUGAUACCCCGCAGGCGGUGGCGCUGGCGGGCGCGUCUGCGAUGGCGCGCCGAGAGCCGCGCGACGAGCGCAUCGACACGGCCGCCGCCGACGAGAUCGCAAAGGAUCUCUUGAUCAUGGACAGGUGGGAUCGCUUGAAGCGCUCUCAGCUCGCGAAUAGGAACUUGAUGCGCUUGGUUGCCCCAAUUGUGGAGACGGUUCCCGCGCUCGCAGGGACGAUUGGCGACCGCGACGUGACGUUCUUCGAGGUCCUGGCUAAUUCUGGACGCCUCUCGGAGCAGUGUGCAACCCAUGGCGUCUCGCAGACCUUCGACAGCUCCUUUGGACCUGAAUGGGAUAUCACGACGGACAUGGGGUGGCAACAGAUGCUCCGCAUGUCACUUAAAUUGAAGGCGGGCGGCGUCGCGUGGAUCGCGCCGCCCGAGGAGGCCACGUCGGGCAAGACCUACAUCAACGGGAAAUCCAGUUUGGUGGUUUCGCGGCUCGUUGCCAUGUCGACGCUGCUGUGGCUUCGCGGGGGGCAGCUGGCUUGGUCCCAUUCAGUUCAAUCAUACGCAUGGAGGUACCCCCCCGUCGAGGAGCUGCGCAACCUAGCGUGCACAUACACCACGAAGACGAACCUUCGCAGCUACGGACACAAGUUGCUGAAGGAGUUCAUCAUCCGCCACAGCUGCCCCGAGUUCUACGCGCUGGAGAAGAACAGGCUGAGCAGACCCCGUACCAGUGCAAGAGACUACCAUGGCGAAGAUGAUGCGGACAUUCUCCCAUGGUCGUUCGCCGAGCACGUCUCCCAGGUCGUAGCGACGAUCGUGAAGAACGGUGCUUGCCAGAAGUCGAUCUUCGAGUUCAU